UGUUUUCAGCCGCCCAGUCAGACUGAAGGAAGUGAGAUUAGGCUGGACUGGUCUACCGCCACAUCCUAGUGUUUUAGCAGAACGGACUCAUCCAUACUGUAGACUGUAUUGCUCCGCAUCAGUCAUCAUGAGGAGAUCUCUGUUCAAACUGAGCCGGGAAAUAGUUCCCUCCGUGGGGCAGGGAGAGAGAAGAACCCCUCUGGGCCCUGGUACGCUACGACAGCUCCACUCCUGCUCUGCCCUGGUGUAUAGACAGCAUGGGCAUCAUCAUGACACGGUCAGAAUGGAAGAGAUGUCUCUAGCAGCCCUGGGCCAGCACAGCGUCAGACUGAGGAUGCUAGCAGCACCUGUCAAUCCAGCUGAUAUAAACAUGUUACAAGGCACAUACCCAAUCCUUCCCAGGCUUCCUGCUGUAGGAGGAAAUGAGGGACUGGGGGAGGUGAUUGAGGUUGGUACUGCGGUCACCUCUCUGAGACCGGGAGACUGGGCUAUACCCUGGGAUGCCGGCUUUGGCACGUGGAGGACAGAAGCGGUGUGCGAGGCGGGUGACCUUCUCCGCAUCCCCCGGGACAUGCCUCUGUUGGGGGCUGCCACCAUUGGGGUGAACCCCUGCACAGCCUACAGGAUGCUGCAUGACUUCGUCACACUCACACCAGGGGCCACUGUGAUACAGAACGGAGCCAACAGUGCCGUAGGUCAGGCUGUCAUUCAAAUAGCCGCUGCCUUGGGGGUGAAGACGAUCAACGUCAUCAGAGACAGACCUUAUCGGCGAGAGUUAGAGGAGGAACUGAAAUCGAUGGGAGCUGAUCUUGUUAUUACCGAGGAAGAGCUGCAAGGUUUGAGUCUGGAGAAUGUAAUUCAGGGCCUCCAAAAGCCUGUCCUGGGGUUGAAUUGUGUAGGAGGACAGAGUGGUGGACUGGUUCUCUCCAGUCUAUGUGAAGGUGGGACGCUGGUCACAUAUGGUGGGAUGGCCAAAAAGCCUCUCCACAUUCCAGCAAAAGCUCUUAUCUUUCGGAACAUCACACUGCAGGGAUUCUGGAUGACUCAGUGGAAAAGGAACAACAGUCAAGAUAUGAGUCGGUUGCAGGCCAUGGUGACCUCUGUGUGUGGCCUGAUGAAGUCCGGCCAACUCCGGUCACCUCAGUGUGUCCAGGUCCCCUUCCACAAGUAUAGCCGGGCUCUCUACGCCACUACACAGUCCCACCAGAGGAAACAUGUACUAAUUAUGUAGACACAAGAACAAAAUACAGCCUACUCUGUCAACACAAGAACAAAAUAAAGCCUACUCUGUCAACACAAGAACAAAAUACAGCCUACUCUGUAGACACAAGAACAAAAUACAGCCUACUCUGUCAACACAAGAACAAAAUACAGCCUACUCUGUCAACACAAGAACAAAAUACAGCCUACUCUGUCAACACAAGAACAAAAUACAGCCUACUCUGUCAACACAAGAACAAAAUACAGCCUACUCUGUAGACACAAGAACAAAAUACAGCCUACUCUGUAGACACAAGAACAAAAUACAGCCUACUCUGUAGACACAAGAACAAAAUACAGCCUACUCUGUCAACACAAGAACAAAAUACAGCCUACUCUGUAGACACAAGAACAAAAUACAGCCUACUCCUGUGAAGAAGGGGAUUCCUGUAUAUUGCACAAGACGAAACAAGCACAUUAGAUGCUAAAUUGGAACAAUAACGUAUUUAUUUACAAAACAUUCGUUUUUUACAAAAAAUAUUUGGAACCAUAUUCACAGUAUAACGCACAACACGAAGGAUUGUGUAAACUUAGAAAUAUCCCACAGUUUAAGACAUGUCAUACAGUGCAGUCAUCUAGAAUUUUUACAUUCUACAUUUUUAUGUUUGGACAUAUAUUGCAUUAUUCAAAAUGUUAUUCUCAAUUGAAAGUACCAAAAGUACCUUUUGAGAACACGUUCGUUAUCACCAGGAACUGACCAGAAAAAUGCAAACUAAGGAACCACAUCUUGAGACCACAUUGGUGCAACCAAA